CCUAAAGGACAUUUAUUUAUAUAUAGGCUCUGACCCUUUUGCUUGUUACGCAUGCUUUGGAUAUUUUGAACCUUGUUUUUGUCCUGCAAAGCAUGGCGAAUUUCAGCUUCUUGAAUUUGCUCUUCGUAGUUCUUUUCUCGAUAGCACCUGCGGAAGGCGCUGUCGCGGCUGCAGCUUUGGCUCCGGAGGCGGCGAUCAAAGGCGCUUAUUAUCCUUCGUGGUUCUCGAGCGGUUUCCCUCCCUCGUCCAUAGAGACGUCGCUCUUCACUCACAUCCUCUACGCUUUCCUUUCCCCGAGCAAUACAACUUACAAGUUCGAGGUCUCGGACUCGACGGCCCCGCUGCUGUCGAACUUCAUUGCCGCCCUCCGCCAGAAGAGCCCGCCCGUGAAGACCCUCAUAUCUAUCGGCGGUGGAGGGGCUGGCCCAGCUCUCUACGCGACCAUUGCGUCGAGCGCUUCGACGCGAAAGCUCUUCAUCGACUCGUCCAUUGAGGUUGCGAGGAAGUAUGGUUUUGAUGGGCUCGAUCUCGAUUGGGAAAUGCCCGAGAACCCGAAACAGAUGGCGGACUUGGGCCUGUUGUUCCAGGAGUGGCGGAACGCGAUAACAAGGGAGUCCAAGGCCACAGCUCGGCCUCCGCUGCUUCUCACGGCCGCCGUCUACUUCGCCGUGGACUUCUUCCUAUCGGGAACGUAUCGGAAAUACCCUGUGGCUUCAAUGAAUCAGAACUUGGACUGGAUCAACGCCAUGUGCUACGACUAUCACGGCUCGUGGGACACUUCGGCCACGGGGGCCCACGCCGCGUUCUUCGACCCGAAUAGCAACAUAAGCUCAAGCUAUGGGCUCAGGUCAUGGAUUCAGGCCGGGUUGCCGCGCAAGAAGGUGGUCAUGGGCUUGCCACUUUACGGAAGGACUUGGGAGCUCAAGGAUCCAAGCGUUCACGGCAUCGGCGCACCGGCCGUCGGACUUGGCCCCGGAAAGGACGGCGUGCUUACCUAUUCCCAAGUGGAAACAUUCAACAAGAAGAACAACGCCACCGUGCAGUAUGACGCGACCACCGUGUCAACCUACUCUUUUAAAGGGACGUCGUGGGUGGGGUACGACGAUGUCGUCUCGACGGCCACUAAGGUUGGGCUCGCUCAGGCCCUUGGGCUAAGAGGGUACUUCUUUUGGGCUCUAAGUUAUGACAAAGAUUGGAGAAUAUCAACCCAAGCUUCUAGGGCAUGGAUCUAUGGAAAAUGAAUGGAGCUUGGGUGAUGUUAAUGUCUAGUGGGACCUCAACAUCCAACAGAGACCAUUAUGUUUUUAGAAUCUUUGAUUAAGUUUAAGGUAAUGUUGAUUAUGUCCAAUAAAUUCCCCAAUGUAACACUAGUGGAUUGAGAGAUUGCAAGGAUUAGAUUCAAACAUUUUUCUGUGUAGUCCCUCGGACUAUGUG